AAUCUUUUGUCUUGCUACUUGUACGUUUGAAUCAAAUUGAUUUGCUAAUAUAGUAGUGUUGGCUAAUAAAAUGUAAGUGAAUUUCAGAAUCUAGAACUACCAGUUCUGAUACAGUGACACUUGUACAACUCUGAUACAGUCACAUCUUCUGCAUGAUCUGGGUGAAGGUUUUAAAGAUUGGUUAGGAGAUGCAACCUGUGUGCUCUGAAGACUUGCAGGCACUGUCGUAAUAACCUUACUAAAGUUGUUUUUCCCCACAAGAAAAAUUAUUGAACCUGCUAAAGAGUUCUUUCUCAUCCACUUAACAUGCAGUUAACAGGACUGAAUUUACUUACAGUGCUAAUUUUUUCACUUUUCAGCAAUCAUGUAGCUUCUAGAAAUAAACAGGUUUAAUGGAGUUGAUAGAGUGUUUCAAAACUUAGUGUACCAACUACACCUGCAAAGUUACAUCCUACAAAAUAAGAUUGUUUAUGCUUCUAUAGUGACUAUGCUGAGUUGUUUGAAAGUUAGAAGUGUGAAAGUGACGAGUAUUUGUAGCAUCUUUAUUUUUGUCUUAAAAUUGAGCUUUAACAAAGAAAAUGUAACAAAGCAUCCCGGUGUUUAGGAUAAAUUUCAUUUUGUUUGGACUUUGAGAUAACAAUAGAUCAAAUGUGAGGAAUAGGGAAGUGUUAGUUGUUACUUUUCUCAAGUAUCGUGUAAUGACACAAAGCAUCUCUAUAAAGAAUGAGGUAUUGAUUAGCUGUAUUAACUGUCUGAUUUAUAUUAAUAAAUUAUACUGGCUAAUAUAACUUUUUCAGUCUGUUUAAACAAGAAAUACCUAUAUGCUUUUUUUUUCUCCUUAGGUCUUUAUUUUUAACUGCUUGUUUUGAAAUGGCUAUGGGUAAUAAAUCAAUUGAUGACACAGACAAAUCAUGGGAGGAAGGAGUUUUAAGGGGUGUCGUUUUCCAGUUACAGCUCACUGGUUCAACCAGAACCUAAUUGCAGGAGUUUUUGCCCAGUCCUACCCAACCCGCAAUUGCGAGAAGCGGAUGCAGAGCUUAGAGGGGGAGUGGCUCAGUGGUUUUCCGUGGCUGACUCGUUAGAUUAGCUUAAACGGAUCAUGAUACUUGAGAGUUAUUCAGCAGUGAAAAUGGGAUGGGAUAUUCUCAAGGAGAAUGCAACCUGGAAGGAUAGGCAGAAGCAUUAAGAACUGCAACGUGCCGUUUGCUUUGUUUCUGGGCCUUUAACAUUCUUUUGAAAUGUUUUGCGACUUCGAUAUGAUAGGUCUUUACCUUUUAGUAAAUCAUGGAAAAUGCUUUUCCUCUAAAAAAGGAGCAUUAUGAUGAAGAACAGAGAUUGGCAUGAGCAGCAUUAUUCUUUUAUAGAGUUCUUGUAAAUGCUAGUAAAUAUUGCUGUUUGCAUACAUUUUGGAGAUACAUUUCACUGCAGAUACUCCCAAGGGGAAAAAAAAAAAAAAAAAAAACAACUUCGUGAAUGGGAUGAAUGCUCUGUUGACUGCUUCCUGACAGUAACCAGCUGGGUGCUCUGCUAGUGAUGUUCGCAUACUCGCACUGUCUAACUGGAGUUUGCUUAUAUUGAUUUUGAAAAGAGGAAGAAAUAAAAGUGGAGUACCGUAAACUUGACAUGGAUAAUAAAAAAAAAGACAAGGACAAGCCAGAUGAAAGAAUCCCACGGACUUCUGGGAGGUCAGGCCAUAUUCCACGUGGAACUGGUUCAAGUUCAGGAGUGUUAAUGGUUGGACCUAACUUCAGAGUCGGCAAAAAAAUUGGAGGCGGUAACUUUGGAGAACUACGGUUAGGAAACAAUUUAUACACAAAUGAACAUGUGGCAAUUAAGUUGGAGCCAAUGAAGUCAAGAGCACCACAGCUACAUUUGGAAUACAGAUUCUACAAGCAGCUAGGAUCUGGAGACGGACUACCUCAGGUCUACUAUUUUGGCCCAUGUGGCAAAUAUAAUGCUAUGGUGCUAGAACUACUUGGACCUAGUCUGGAAGACUUAUUUGACUUGUGUGAUAGGAAGUUUUCUCUUAAAACUGUUCUUAUGGUAGCCAUACAGUUGAUUUCUCGUAUGGAAUAUGUCCAUUCAAAGAACUUGAUAUACAGAGAUGUUAAGCCUGAAAACUUCUUAAUAGGACAACCUGGAAACAAAACCCAGCAAAUUAUUCAUAUUAUAGAUUUUGGUUUGGCAAAGGAGUAUAUAGAUCCAGAAACGAAGCAGCACGUACCAUAUCAAGAACACAAGAGCCUUACAGGAACAGCUAGAUACAUGAGUAUAAAUACACAUUUAGGAAAAGAGCAAAGUAGAAGAGAUGAUUUGGAAGCUUUAGGUCAUAUGUUUAUGUAUUUUCUCAGAGGAAGCCUUCCAUGGCAAGGUUUAAAGGCUGAAACAUUAAAAGAACGUUACCAGAAAAUUGGAGAAACUAAACAAACAACAUCUAUAGAAGUAUUGUGUGAAAACUUCCCAGAGGAAAUGGCUACAUAUUUACGUUAUGUAAGAAGGCUAGAUUUUUUUGAAAAACCAGACUAUGACUAUUUAAGAAAGCUCUUCACUGACUUACUUGAUCGAAAAGGCUAUGUGUUUGAUUAUGAAUAUGACUGGACUGGCAAACAGUUGCCUACUCCAUUGGGUUCAAUGCAUUCAGACACUGCAUUGUCAUCAAACAGAGAAGCUUAUCAGCACAGAGAUAAGAUGCAACAAUCCAAAAAUCAGGCAACAGAUCAUAGGGCAGCUUGGAACUCACAGCAGGCCAAUCCACAUCAUUUGAAGGCUCAUCUAGCAGCUGACAGACACGGUGGCUCAGUACAGGUAGUAAGUUCAACAAAUGGAGAAUUGAACACAGAUGACCCAACUGCAGGCCGUUCAAAUGUGCCCAUCACAGCUCCUGCAGAAGUAGAAGUAACGGAUGAAACAAAUUACAUAACUUUCAGAGCAGCCCUGAUCUGCCUCUGCCCACUGCUACCUUUUCAGUGACUGAGCAACAGGGUGCCAUUGGAUAUUUUGAGAAGGUGCUGCUGUUUUUUCAAGCGAAGAAGAAGGAAAACCAUUCAGCACCAGAAAUGACUAGAACCAAGCAGAACAUUGGAAAUUGCUCAUUUGUUCAACCGCUGUCUUGUGAUCCUGAAAAAAAAGAGAAGGCAUGAAAAGAAAAAAAAAACACAAAAAUGAAAACAAACUACAACAAAAAACACCUCUGUAAUGACUACACGUUUUCCAAGGACUCCCUUCAAAACAGUGUUAUAUUUCUGUGUUUUGUAGGUUCUGCUACAUCCAUAUUUUGUUUCUUGAAUUCAUCUCUUCUGAAAGCUUUAAGGUUUUGUGACAUAUAAGUACUUUGACUAUCAACAAAUGGACCAAUGAAAUGGUAGAAAUGACCACUUUCUAUAGCAAAACUAAACUUCAGAAGUAUUUCUGCCAUCCUAGAAAGUACUAGUGGUGAAGAAGUAGUAGCUGAAGACAGAUGUCACGAAUCUGGUAUUUGAGUCUGUAACAGCAUAUCAAAAGCAGUUUUGAAAAAAAAAUGCAGAAGAAAAAUAUAAAUGCACAGCCAUUUAGAAAAAAAAAUAAUCCUGCAUUGACUCCCACUGCCUAACCCUGGUACUGUAGCCAAAUUAUAUCAGCAUUAAGUCCUCUCUCUGUUACUGUGGUACAAUCACUGUCCAGAGAUGCUGAGGAGGUUGACAAUUAGCUAAUGACAUUGUCUAAAUGUUGAUGAUACUAAUGAACUGGAAGUAUUUCCUGUAGCUUCUGGGUUUGGAAACCUGUUUUUGUUAUGCUUAUAUGCUUGCUAUUGCAGUGUAGCAGAAAUGACAAGAGCGUUUGUACAAAGAAUACAAAAAUUUGUAUUCCAGUAAUGUUAGUAAGAUUGAAUUUACCUUCACAAGAGAGGAUCUACAGAGGAAUUAUAAAAGGAGAAAUAAAUGUGAAUCUGGUUAAAGCAAAGUUGAUAUUAAAGCCCAUAUGUUCACUAAGGUAACUGCUGAUUGACAACAUCUUCAACUUAAAAAUAUGGGUGUGCCAUGUAAUAUUAUAGAUAUGUUUGUAAAUUACUUUUCUCUUUGAUUUAGAAGGGAAAGACAAUGGAAUUGUGUUAGGCUUCUCUCUUGUCUGCAUACUAGCCCUUAAUAGCCUUUUUUUUUUUUCUGGAAUUUUCUAAUACUUCAAUGUGUAGCAUUGCUAGCACAAUAGGAUGGCAAGGAUGGGUCACGUACUUUUCCCACAGUCCAGUGAAGUGCCUGCAAUAUGAACAAACCAGCACUUUUGUAGACAAGGCAGCCCAUUUUAUAUUCUCUUUUAAAGAAAAUACAUGCUUUAUUUAAAGCCAUAAUGACAGAGGUGUGCUUUUGUCAUGUUUAGCUGCUAGUUACUUUAAGAAAGGGUAUAAAAGAUUGAAGUGACUAGACAGAUUUGUUGACCAAAAAUCAAAUUAAUUAUCUCCAUGAUUUUAAAGUUCUUCUGAAGCUAACUAGUGAUUUGUGUAUAUGUGUGUGUGUGUGUAUGUGUCCACAGAUGCCUUUUCGCAUACAUAUUUAUUUUAAACUGUUUUGUGGUAACAUUUAAAAUGUAUAUUAAAAAUAAAUGCACACUGUUAAAUUCA